CUAAUACGAAGGUGUAUGGAUGUAAGUCCAAAGAUAAGAACAUAUCCAGAUAUUGGCGAGUAUGCUUUUGGGAAAAAAGGAAAAAUGAUGGUGUCUAGUUUCAUGUACUUAGAAUUGUAUGUGGUUGCAACCGGAUUUUUGAUACUAGAAGGUGAUAACUUAAGUAAUCUGUUUCCAGACAUGAGUUUCACAAUAGCUGGUGUUACCAUGUGCGGCCAACAGGGAUUCGUUAUACUCGUAGCUCUUGUAAUUUUCCCAUCAAUGUUGUUGACUGACCUGAGCAAAGUUUCUUACGUAUCUGCAACUGGGAUUUUAGCUUCUGUUCUCAUCAUUCUUUCUGUCUUUUGGGUUGGUGCUGAAGAUACUGGUUUUCGUGCAAAGGGCAGAUUUUUUCAUUUGAAUGGAGUUCCCACUGGUGUUAGCUUAUACACCUUCUGCUACUGUGCUCAUCCCGUUUUCCCAACAUUAUAUACUUCAAUGAAAGAUAAAAGACAAUUCUCAAAGGUUUUGCUACUUUGCUUUGUUCUAUGUACGAUUAGCUACGCUGCAAUGGCUGUUUUGGGUUAUCUAAUGUUUGGUGAAAAUAUAAAAUCUCAGGUCACACUGAACCUACCAACUGACAAACUCAGUUCUAAAGUAGCAAUCUACACAACUUUGGUGACUCCCAUUGCAAAAUAUGCAUUAAUAGCAACACCAAUUGUAAAUGCCAUUGAAAGCUCUUCGGGGAUUAACCACAACAACAGGAGUAUUAGUAUUCUAAUAAGAACCCUUUUUUUAGUUAACUCUGUUAUGGUCGCUCUAGCUAUUCCAUUUUUCGGGUAUCUAAUGUCUCUUGUUGGAGCAUUUCUAAGUGCCACAGCUUCUAUUAUUAUUCCUUGUUUGUGUUACUUGAAGAUCAUGGGAACAUAUCGAAGAUGGGGAUACGAACUGGUGACUGUCAUUGGGAUUAUUUUGAUGGGUAUUUCAGUUGUAGUUAUAGGUACUUACACUAAUGUUGUUGAAGUAAUAAAAAGAAUGGAAAGAAAGGUUUAUGUGAGGAAAACCAAAAAAAUCAAAUCAAUCGAAACCAGAGGAAGAAAUGGCUCCAAUCAGAAGGAUGAUGAUGAUGAUGGUAAUGAUGCUGGUGAUAAGGAGGAUGAAGAGGAUGAAGGUAAUAAUGGUGGUGAUGAUGAUGAGGAGGAAGAGGAUGAACAUCCGAAGCCGGCACAGAGGAUACAUAAGGAUGGAAAGGAAAUUACACCCAGCGCGAGACACAUUCCCCCCAUUCAUUUUCAACUGGAACGUCUUCGCAGUGGUAAAGCCAGAGGAGAACCUAAAGAUGGCUGCAAAGUUCUAUUUGGAUAUCCCGGAUCGUGGGCUCAUACCAUCUAUGAGACAAUCGAUCAUAAGGAUGUCGCACGUCUAUUCAGGCACGAACCUUGUUUUAAGAAAAUGGAACUAUGGCCGCUAGAAGGUGCAAGAGUUAGAGAGUAUAUUGAAAAAUUCUGGUUUGUAUACUGCCGUUCUGAACUCUAUGAUUGCGUAUGA